CCACCGUGGCGGCGGCGCUGGCGGAGCACGGGCCCUUCGACGGGCUGCUGGGCUUCAGCCAGGGCGCGGCGCUGGCCGCCAUGGUGUGCGCCCUGCGGGCCCGCGGCGACCCGCGCUUCCCGGUGACCUUCGCCGUGCUGGUGGCCGGGUUCGCCAGCCGCUCCCCGGCACACGGACACUUCUACCGGGAGCCCAUCGCCCUCCCCACGCUGCACAUCGUGGGCGACACCGACGCCGUCAUCGCAGCAGCCCUCAGCAGGGAGCUGGCCCAGUGCUUUGUGGAGCCCGUGAUCCUCACACACCCCGGGGGACACUUCAUCCCCGCGGCUCCGGCGCAGAAGAAAGCCUACCUGGAGUUCUUGGAACGCUUCUGCCCCGGGCAGGGCCAGCCCGAGCAGCCGGGGACUGGGGAGGUUUGAGAUCGGGCUCUGUAGUAAUGAAGGAGUCUGGUGAGCCACGUGUGCCCAUCCUGUGAAGCAUCACUGUUUCCGUGCCUCCAGAGGGACCAGAGAACAGCUCUCUGCAUGUUCUGCUCUUCAGUGUCAACCCAGGCCAGGCUAAAUGGUUUUUUAUCUCUCUUUUUUUCAGCUUUGUUGUAUACAUCAGUAUAAAAUAUAUAUGUAUAUAAAGUUAUGUAUAUAAGAUGUAUGACACAUAACACGAUUGUGGGGGUGUGACAGUGAGGAGGUUGAGGGCAGGAGGGUGACACUGCUCUGUGUGCAAGGUGCUUUCAAGCUCAAACACCUGCUGAAAAUGAGAGUCCCUCAGCUCAACCACAGCAAGUGUCUGCAGGGCACAGAGCUCCUGCAGUUUUACACACCAAAGAUCAGUGGUUUUUAAUAUCUGUUAAGCCGAACUUCCAGCUGGUCUGGGCCUGGAAAACCCUCUCAUCCUUGGCAGUGCCAGGGCAAGUGUUUGUUUCAAGAAUGAAAUAUCUGCUGGCUCGGCAUGCAUGUGUUGGAUCUUCCUUGCACAAAGUGCCUCCAUGAACAAGAGAAACUUGUCACUGUUUGUGGCUCUGUAUUAUCCAGAAGCACACGAAAAUCUUUAUUGCUGUAACAGUUGCAGGUGUCCUGCCCAGCUUCUGCCCACCUCAGCACUGGGCACCAGUCUCAGGAGAGGAGUGCUAGCAGAGCUUCUCUAACCACAGCUUUCCUUGGGGCUGUAGAGUUGGUAAAAGAGGGAAAUGGGGUGAAAAAUGUGAAUUUUCCCCAUGCUUGAGCAGCGGGGCAGUGCAGUGUCAGCUCUGUGAGCAUUUCCCUUGUUCCCUGAGCUGGGAGCAGGCCUGGGAGCUGCGGUGGGUUAAACCAGCCCAGCAGGAGUGAGCAGUUCUCAGCCCCAUCAGAUUUUUCCCCCUGGUUUGCAGCACUGUUGGUGAUGGUGGCAGGAGGAUGUGGCUGUUUCCCUGCAGCCCAGCCCCACGCUGCUGUUGCCCUGUGGGGCUGGGGGGGCUCUGGCAGUGCCACUCCACGUGGGCUGUGUCACAUCUGCUGCGGAGGCGUGGGGUGUCUGCACCCCUUGGUGACCGCAUCGGGGACACCAGAG